AUGGUCGAUCCAUUGCAACCUGCAAUGAAUGGGAAUAAUUUCAUCUUAGUCGCUAUUGAUUAUUUCACUAAGUGGGUAGAAGCAAUGUCCAUAGCCCGCCCAACAAUGACCAAGACAGUGCAAUUCGUCAAGAGCACCAUGAUUGCCAGAUAUGGAGCACCUUGCGAGAUCAUCUCAAAUAAUGGAAAGAAUUUUGUUGGAAAGGAAGUCAUAGACCUUUGCAAUCAUUUCAAGAUUAAGCAGUUGCGUGAACUCCACUACGAUCCUGAGAUUGAAAACAUAGUUCACCGCUUGAGGAAAGAAGCCAAGCAACGUCGCAACCAAUUAGCAUCACUCCCAACUCCCGGAGUGAAGUCGGUUGCAGAGAUCAUUGAGCCAUCUAACCAUCCUGAAGAAGAAGUCAUGGACAACAACGAAGAGAGAACUCUUAGAGAGCUAGCCGCACCGGAUCUGCACCAACAACCUCUCUGCAUCGAAUAUGCAGAUCUAGUGGUACCGUUCGAACUCAAAUCUGGUCUUAUACACUUCCUUCUUUUCGUGGACUUUCAGUGA